AUGCUGACGAAGACUGCACCAGUCGUUCUGGCCUUGACGAUGGCCUUUGGCCUCGCCUCCGCCACGACCAACCGAACCUGGGCGUCUGACAUGUUCGACACUGCCAUCGCCUGGAACGACGCCUUCUGGGACGACCGCGCCGGAUACCUCAUCGCUGCCGCUAGCAAUCCCGGUCGAUACGACACGCGCCACACGGCGUGGUAUGCCGCCCAACUGCUGGCCCGAAACCAGGGAGACGACGUCGAUCGAGCGAUCCGCAUCUUCGACAAUGUUGUUGCAGGCCAGUACCUAGAUCCGUCCAAGCAGUGGUAUGGAGACUACCAGCAGGCGCCUUCCGAGCCGGAGCCUGGGUCAGCGGAGUAUUUGGACGUUGAGCCGUAUAGCACGUGGGACCCCAAUAUUCGUCUUUUUGUUGGCUGCGCCUGGAUCGUCGCCCUCAACGACUACGCCCAUCUCCUGCCAGCCGCCACCGUGGCCAAAGUCGAAGAGUCGCUGUUCAUCGCUGCGCGCGGCGAUCUCUACCGCGUGGGCGGAGUCGACGGCGACAAUCUUUAUCCUUGCUACUCGAAUCCGUGGCUGAUGCGGACCAUCCUGCACGCCUGGGUGGGUGCACGCAUGGGCGACCAGAACAUCUCCCACGCUGCCGAGACCUUUGCCCAGGAAGCCUACGGUCUCUGGAGUCAGCAUCGCACCCUGUCCGAGUUCAAUUCCCCGACUUACGCGGGCGUUUCGAUGUGGGCAUUGGCGCUGUGGAAUCAGUACGCGCCCCGGGGAAGUGUGCUGAAGAAAUACGGCGCCGAAAUGCUGACCGCCGCCUGGGACGAUUUGGCACAACUGUACAACGCCAACUUGAAGAAUCUUGCCGGUCCGUGGGAUCGCUCCUACGGCUACGACAUGCAGGAGUACGUCUCGCUCGUCGGGGCCGUCAUCUGGGGCGCUGUUGGCCGCGAGUAUGCCCCCUUCCCACACCAAACGUCCGGUAUGUAUCAUCAGGACGACUUUGCGUUUUAUCCGCUGUUCGCUCUCGCCAUGCCGGAGAUGGUCAAGUAUCUCUCUGCCGAAGCCACGGAUGCUCUGGUCAACUUCCCCGGCGAGCACAUGGUUACCUUCCAGGCAUAUUCUCCACCAUUCGACACGUACCCUCGGAAUAUCACCGCCUGGAUGUCCGAUAAUAUCACCAUCGGCGCCGAAACCGUGGCCGAGCACGUCGUUGGUGGACCGGCCCAGAACCCCGGUGCGUUCAAUCCCGCUGUGAUCCAGUGGGCAAUCGACGAGGACCAGGUCGGAACUCUCACCCUCUAUCCAACCCAGUCCUCCAUCCGCGCGGUGGCCGCUCCAGGAAGUCUGUCGAUCUCCUAUCCGAAUGCCACUGCAGCUGAUGGAGCUGACUUCCAGUUCCUCUUCAGCGGACUCAACAUCCGCAGAGGAUACAACGUGACGGGACUGGAGGGUCUCCCCAAUUUGAAGCUCAAGGUCACCACGAACGCCAUGCCGAACUCUACCGUCACGUACGACACCAGCCACGAGGUCAAUGAGUUUGUCUUCUACAACAUUACCUAUACCAUGCCGGCGGGGUUCACGGAAGUCCCCUUUAUCUCUCUUGAUGUCUAUAGUCAAUAG